AUGCGACAGUGGGCAGUGGUGAAGAAGAGGCCUGAGGAUUCCGGUCGGGAGGAGAGGGUGGCUGGAGCCCCUCUGAAGGCCUUCAGCCAAGGAAGGACCAUCUCUCCCCUCCUCUCCACUGCAGGGAGGUCUGAGCACAGGGAGGCUCCCAAGGGUGCCACGGACCAAGGGACAGCAGACAGCACGCCUCUUGGGGUGUGCCAGCCCCUGCUCCAGCUGCUGCCUCACGUGGGCACCAGCCGGAGUGCUGGGCAGGACCCCUGCCACCGCGCCCGGGGCCCAAUUUGCACUUUGCCAGACUGGAUGGAAGUGGAGGAGGGCUCAGCAGAGGCCCAGGCCCAGGCUGCAGGCGGGCUCUUCGGGCGGCGCGAGGUGGGCGGGACGGGCCUGCGGGCGCCGGCCUGGGCCCCACCCGCGGCGGGCGGAGCGGGGAAGCCAGGGUCGGGUCGAGGGCCCAGCGUGGCGCCCAGGGCCAUGGAGCCGCGGCCCGGGGCGUGUGCGGCGGCUCUGGCUGCGUUAGAGGUUCAGCCGGGGUGGGGCGCUUCUGCCGAGAGGAAACACCGUCUCCGGGGCCGGAGGGAUCUGGGGGCCCCAGGCAGAGAUAGAUCAGGGUCCCCCACCUUAGCAAGGGCGGUGGGGAGACCGGGUAGAGAGAGUCCCCGGCCUGGGCAACCAGGCUGGGAGCCAGCAGCCCCUGUCCCCCAGGCCCUCCUCCUCCUCCUGCCGCUGGGUGCCCAGGGCCAGGGCAGCACCCCCAGCCCCAGGUGUGACUGUGUGCACAAGUUCCAGAAGAGGAGUGGUCUGGUCUGCUGCAGGGGCUGUCCAGCAGGGCACUACCUGAAGGCUCCCUGCACAAAGCCCUGUGGCAUCUCCAACUGUCUCCCGUGCCCCCGGGGCACCUUCCUGGCCUGGGAGAACCACCACAAGACCCGCUGUGCCCGCUGCCAGACCUGUGAUGAGGAGGCCUCCCAGGUGGCCCUGAAGAACUGCUCGGCGGUGGCGGACACCCACUGCGGCUGCAAGCCAGGCUGGUUCAUGGACUGCGUCGUCAGCCAGUGUCCCCACAGCUCUCCCUUUCGCUGCCACCCGUGCCCAGACUGUGAGGCCCUGCACCGCCGCACGCGGGCCCCCUGUGGGUACCCCCGAUCCGGGCCGUCUACUCCCACACCCCCUUCCCCUGCCUCCUUCUCUCCCGUCCUGACCCACACCAGCUCCCGGACCACAGGUUCCGGCGGAGACACUCACUGUGGGACCUGCCUUCCCGGCUUCUAUGAAUAUGGCAACAGCUGCGUGUCCUGUCCCACGAGCACCCUUGGGGGCUGUCCUGCGCCCUGUGUGGCUGUCUGUGGCUGGAGGCAGGUGUUCUGGGUCCAAGUGCUCCUGGCAGGCCUGGUGGCCCCACUCCUGCUUGGUGCCACCCUGAUCUACACAUACCGCCGCUGCCAGCUUUGCAAGGCCAUAGUUCCUGCAGGUGAAGCUGGGGUGGAGGCCCUGACCCCCCUGCAGGCCAGCCACCUCUCACCCCCGGACAGCAGCCCCACCCUUCUGGUAACACCCAGCAGCAGUGAGAAGGUCUGCAGUGUCCAGCUGGUAGGCAGCAGCUGGACCUCUGGCUCUCCCCAGGCCCGGGAGGCGCCCUGCCCGGAGGUGAUGUGGUCCUGGGACCAGCUGCCCAGCAGAGUUCUUGGCCCGCUGCCCCCACCCUCGCCGGCGCCCCCUGCAGGCUCGGUGGCCGCCAUGCUCCAGCCGGGCCCGCAGCUCUACGACGUGAUGGACGCGGUGCCCGCGCGGCGCUGGAAGGAGUUCGUGCGCACGCUGGGGCUGCGCGAGGCGGAGAUCGAGGCGGUGGAGGUGGAGGUCGGGCGCUUCCGAGACCAGCAGUACGAGAUGCUCAAGCGCUGGCGCCAGCAGCAGCCCGCGGGCUUGGGCGCCGUCUACGCCGCCCUGGAGCGCAUGGGGCUGGACGGCUGCGCCGAGGACCUGCGGAGCCGCCUGCAGCGUGGCCCGUGACGCCGGGGCCCACCCGGCACUUCGAGGCCCUGGUGGCCCUUGCAGAAGCCCUAAGUACGGUUACUUAUGCGUGUAGACAUUUCAUGUCACUUAUUAAGCCCCUGGCGCGGCCCUGCGUAGCAGCGCCAGCCAGCCUCACCCCUGCGCGACCCCAGGGUUCCAGUUAAGGCGAGGAAGCG